AAAACCAUUUUUACACGGCAUGUUCAUAUAAUGCCGAAGUUGUUGUUCCAUCUGGAACACCGCGUGCUUGUCGGGUACAUUGAAUCUGUGGUACCGAUUCUCUACGCCGUUUACUUGUCAAUCGUGAGCCAAUUGCCAAGCGCCAAGUACUACCCUUACAUGCGUUUGCUCACGAACGAGCAACUUCAAGUGACGGUCGGGAGUAUCAUCGUCUACGCAGCAACAGAAGUUGCGUCUUUGGUGAGGAUUCACGUUACGGUUAAGCGCAAACUUGGGUUUUCAAUGCUGCAUCAGCUAGGAUUUGUGCUGGAGACCGAUACUGACCUGCUUCAAGGUCGACGCUUCGUCUGGAUCGUCAUUCUACUGCAGCUCACGCUCGUGCACUACGGUACG